CUAUCUUAUCUUAGAGAUAAGCUUGUUCUAAACAUUAUAGUCGCAGUUUUGAGUGAAAACAUUUCGUACUUCUACUACUAGAAAUAGCAGUAAAAAUUGGAUAAACAGUGAAAAUGGCACAAAGGAAAUCAUUAUUGUUCUAUUUUGCAGUUAUUUUCGUGGUUCUUAGCACAUUGAGCCAUGAAGUUGAAGCCAGAAGAAAAAUCUUGCGGGGAAGAAGAGUUAUGACCCGCACAUAUUAUCAUGGAAACUCCGUGCCUGCUUGGGCGAUCAGCUUGAUGUCUGGCAUCGGAAUGUUAUUUGUUGGUGGAGUGCUUUAUGCAAUCAUGAGAAAGAUGGUACUAUCAGCAGAGACCGGUACAUUAAACACAUACCAGCCAGCUAUGCAAAAUGAUCAAGUGUAAAUUUAAGUUUCUCCAAUUUAAUUAAUUAAAUAUAAUUUUAAAAGGCUAUAUAGAUUUAAUAAUAUUAUGUUUUAAAUAAAACAAUAAAAAAAUGUAUUUAAUUAUUUAUUCACCAUUAAAUAAAUUUAAAGGUACAUGUACUUUCACGUAAAUAAUCAUGUCAAUAUGGUAAUGGAAAUUU